UCAGCAAGCCGAUCUCCUCAGUCACAGCCAAGACGCACAAUCGUAAGGAUGCAUAAAGCACUGCUGAUUCUGCUCUUCGUGAGUGUAGUCUCCGCGAUAAGCGAAUACUUUAUUCCUACAUUGAAAGCCAACUGGUUCAAGGCACGAGAAUUUUGCAACUCAGUGGAUAUGAGUUUGGUAUCUAUUCCAAAUAAAGAAGAACAUGACAAACUAGUGGAGAUCGUGAGGAACUCGGACAAAUACUCCGACAAGAGGAGAUUCUGGAUCGGAGGAAGUGAUCUACCGGAAAAUGGCACUUUUUCGUGGGUUUCCACUGGGAGAAUGUUCACGUUUAAUCGCUGGGCCACCGGAAGGCCAAACCAUACCGAUGAAAAUCACAAUUGUGUCGAAAUGAUUUAUUGGCCCUCAUUGAACUGGGACUGGAAUUGGCAAAACAGUGACUGCAAUAGUGAAAAAUUUUAUUUCAUUUGCAAGAGAAACAAUAUGGACUGCAUUAGUGAAUUUCGGUAACAGUUUGAAUAUUAAAAAUAAGGAUUAAUUCUGCAUAGUAAAAAUAAGUAAAACAUUAUGAUGGAUUCAUUGCACAUAACUUACGUCGUAAAUAUCUCGUGAAAAUACAUUCAAAUAAUUGUGAUACGUCACUACGUUUGUUUACUCAUUCCAAUGCAUUUAAGAUUUAUUAGUGUGUUUUAAAACUGGCAAUUUGUUGUUGUUAUUAACUAUAUGAAAUU